AUGGGUCUUGCAGAGCAUGCGCUGUCACUGGUGACAGUCACCAAUAUCCUUUUGUCUCUCAUCGCCUAUAUUAUUCUGAAAUUUGUUUACCAGAUCGUGCACUAUCGCUUCUUCCAUCCGUUAUCGGCAUUCCCUGGCCCUUUCUGGGCGUCGGUAACCAGAUUUUGGAUCGCGCAGCAGAAUCUCCAGGAAACCGAGUAUUUGACCGUCUAUGAUCUAUCCAAGAAAUAUGGCCCCGUUGUUCGCAUUACACCUACCUUGCUGCUGGUCAGCGACCACUCGAAGCUCCCCGAAAUCUACCACCGCAAUGCCGACAAGACCGGACAUUAUAUCACAGGUAGCUUUGGCGAGACGGAGAGUCUGUUCAACAUGAGAUCCCACAAGACGCAUGCGCUCUUCAGAAAACACAUUGCGGGGCCUUACAGCUUCACCAACAUUAAGAAGAUGGAGCCAUUGAUUGAUGCUCGUAUUUGCGAAUGGAGCAAUAAGCUUGAGGAUACUUUUGCCAAGACUGGGGAGCCUUUUGACUUUGCCUGGUGGGCAGUGUACAUGGCCUACGACAUUAUCAGCGAAAUCGGCUUCGGUACCCCCUUCGGCUUCAUCGAAAAGGGCGAAGACAUUGGCGGAUUGAUUCAAGGUUUCCACGAUGGUCUUCCCCCCUUCGGCUUCCUCGCACGCAUGCACCCCUUCACCUCCUGGAUGAAGACAACCUUCAUGAAAUACCUCGUCGCCACGCCGCAGGAUGACUCCGGAAUCGGUGUUUUGAUGCGCUUCCGCGACCGCCUGAUUCAAGAGCGUCUGGACGAUAUCAAGUCCGGCAAGAAGAUCGAUCGCAUCGACCUCCUGCAGACCUUCCUCGAGGCCCGCACCGAGGACGGCAAGCCCCUGGACCUGGAGUACAUUCGUGCGGAGGUUCUUCUCGUCCUGCUAGCCGGUGCAGAUACCACCGGCACCGCGUUCCAGGCCAUGAUCACAUUCCUCUUGUCGCACCCCGAAGCGUACGAGCGCAUGAUGGAGGAAAUCGAUACUGCUACUCGUAAGCGCCUUCUUUCCGAUGUACCCCAGUAUGACGAGGUUCUUGAGCAUCUGCCUUUCUUCGUGGGCUGUGUCAAAGAGACGAUGCGCUUGUGCCCGUCUGCCCCGAACAUCUUCCCCCGAUAUGUGUCUGAGCCUGGUCUGGACUUGUAUGGUAAGUGGGCGCCUGCUGGAACGGAGAUCUCCUGUAACCCGUACUUGGUGCACCGUGACCCGGCACUGUAUGGCGAGGAUGCGGAGUUGUUUAAACCGGAGCGGUGGAUGGAUCCAGAGAGGGCGAAGCUGUAUAACAAGUAUAACUUUGCGUUCGGGUAUGGGUCGCGUGUGUGUUUGGGACGGGACAUUGCGAUGAUGGAGCUGUUCAAGGGUCCUUUGCAGUUCUUCCGCUCUUACAAGCCCGAGACUGUGAAGGAUAAGCCUGAGCCGAAGUUUGUGGUCAAGGGAGGUGUCGGAUAUUGGAGGGAUGUGUUGCUCACCAUCUCCAAGCGGCCCCAAGUCCAGCGGGAGUGA